AGGCCGGAUCCUCACGUAGGCCGAGGGUUUUUCGGUCAUUCAGCCGCCCUUUUUGCUUCCUGAUGCCCUAAAUUUCACGCACGCUCGCAGGAAAGGGAACAAACUCGCCCAUUUCUUUCCCCCUUGUUUUUUCUUCUCAAAUCAGAUCCCACGCCUCCUCGCGCCUCUACGGAGUAGGGUUCGAAACAUCCUCCGAUCAGCGCCGGGAUACCCUCGUAUCCAGCUAAUCUCGUCCCGAUUUGAGCGUUUUCUUUUUCGGAUCGAACCCUAAAUCUUCGUUUUGCGUGUUCUUGAUUGCGUCGGGCGGUCGAUUUGGAGCAGUGAUGAAUCCGCGAGGAAGAUAUCCUCCCGGCAUCGGCAACGGUGGUGGGGGGAACUAUGGAGCUAACUCUAAUUACUAUGAGAGAAAUCCCCAGCUGCAGCAGCACUAUAUUCCGAGGAAUCAAAUACAGAGCCACCAGAAUCAGCAAUUCCAACAGCAACAGCAACAACAGCAGCAAUGGUUGAGAAGGAAUCAAAUGGGAAGCAAUUCUGGCAGCAGCGCGGCAGCUGCAAAAUCUGUUCAACCUGAUGCCGUUGAUUCCAGUUCUCAAGAUUGGAAGGCACAGUUGAAGAUACCACCACCUGACACACGUUACAAGACUGAGGAUGUUACUGGAACUAAAGGAAAUGAAUUUGAAGACUAUUUUCUGAAACGGGAGCUGCUUAUGGGGAUAUAUGAAAAGGGAUUUGAGAGACCUUCUCCUAUUCAGGAAGAAAGCAUUCCAAUUGCAUUAACUGGCAGUGAUAUUCUUGCCAGAGCUAAAAACGGGACUGGGAAAACAGCUGCUUUUUGCAUUCCUGCGCUGGAAAAAAUUGAUCAAGAUUAUAAUGUCAUUCAAGUUGUUAUAUUGGUUCCCACUCGAGAAUUAGCACUUCAGACAUCGCAAGUUUGCAAGGAACUUGGAAAAUAUUUGGAGAUUCAAGUUAUGGUCACUACUGGAGGAACCAGCUUGAAAGAUGACAUUAUGCGUUUGUACCAGCCUGUACAUUUACUUGUUGGAACCCCAGGUCGCAUACUUGAUCUCGCAAAAAAAGGUGUUUGCAUUCUGAAGGAUUGCGCAAUGCUCAUUAUGGAUGAGGCAGACAAACUUCUAUCUCCAGAGUUUCAGCCUUCGAUAGAACAGCUGAUAUGUUUUCUUCCUGCAAAUCGGCAGAUAUUAAUGUUUUCGGCAACAUUUCCUGUAACAGUGAAGCAAUUUAAAGACCGAUAUCUGCCAAAACCUUAUAUAAUUAAUCUUAUGGACGAACUUACUCUAAAGGGAAUAACACAAUAUUAUGCUUUUGUAGAAGAAAGACAAAAGGUUCACUGUCUCAAUACCCUUUUCUCAAAGCUUCAAAUAAACCAAUCUAUCAUAUUCUGCAAUUCGGUUAAUCGGGUAGAACUAUUGGCAAAGAAAAUCACGGAGCUUGGUUAUUCCUGCUUUUACAUUCAUGCUAAGAUGUUGCAAGACCAUCGGAAUCGAGUCUUUCAUGACUUUCGUAAUGGUGCAUGCAGGAAUCUCGUUUGUACAGAUCUUUUUACAAGGGGUAUUGACAUUCAAGCUGUUAACGUUGUUAUCAACUUUGAUUUUCCCAAGAACUCUGAGACAUAUCUCCACCGGGUUGGGCGUUCAGGAAGGUUUGGUCACCUUGGUUUAGCAGUUAACCUGAUCACAUAUGAGGAUCGUUUCAACUUGUAUAGGAUUGAGCAAGAACUUGGAACUGAGAUAAAGCAGAUUCCUCCUCAGAUAGAUCAGGCUAUCUACUGCAGAUGAUCCAUGAUAAUUAUGUUCGGCAUCCUUGGAAUUGGCGGAUGAUUAGAAGACCUUUUUCGCCUGUGUAUAUUGUCUUAUCAUGUUUGUGGAGAUUCUUAUGGGUGGACUUCAGCUAAUGAAUGAUGAUUGGUUGGUGGGGGCUUGAAUGGGCUGAUCGCCGACUUAUUGCACCUUUAGAUUUGUAUUUACUCUUUGCUGGGAUCAGAAGCCUCAGUUACAAUCUCAUAUACACCAAGAAGCAUCAGCAAUAGCGAGGUACAAUGGAGUGUUGGCGAAGUCUGUACCCCAUAAUGUGGGAUGGUGUAAUUGAAUAGCACGAUAAGCCAACAAAUCUGCUGGUUGGUUCGAUUCAUGAGAGUCGGGAACCUGGAAGGAUUGUAGAGAACCCGAGUCAGUGGGAAAUUUGAAAGGAUUGUAAAGAACCAGUCGGUGGAUUUGUUGGAAGGAAAGGAUGAGAAAAGUGCGUCAGGGUCUGCCUUCCAGAGAAGGGUGUUACCCAACAGGAAUCCAGCUGCCUGUAAGUUAACCUUGUGGCAGGAGCCGAGUCUCUCUGGAGGGGAAAGAGAGUAAGCAAGAAGAGUCCUUCCAAGAACAGCCCGUCCAAGAUGUCUGCUGAUGAAGCUGGAGAGACCCCGAGGGGUUGGGUGGGGGUAAAACCACAACCCCGUCUGGUGUGUCCCAAUAUUCAUUUGCUAGCAAAAUAUCUCUAUCUCGGCUUGCUUAUAUAUAUAUUCUCUGAAACAAUGCUUGGUCUGGCUAGCUUACCAAAGCACAUAGCCUAGAUUAAAAAAGAAUAAUAAAAAAAAGCUACACGCUGAUUUACGUUGCUGCUGUAAAACGAUUGCAGCUUGAGGGUAAUAAGAAUGGAAUUACCACAGAAAUCUUCUGUUUUCUUUCCGGCAAGAAGACAAUUCAAUUUUUCGUUCCUGUAAUCUUCCGUAUUCUCUAUUCUCUAUGCUUUGUCUGCUUCCUUCUUAGUCAAUGAAAAAGUGAAAGUAUCCUAUAAGUCAGUCCCAAACCAACCAUCCUAACUUAAAAGCAGCGCAUGGGAAUAACGCGACCAUGCAUACCCCAUUGUACGAAUAUCAAGAUUCUAGAACUAUUCAUUCAGAUGGAAGAUCUAUAGUGAAAACAUAAGUAAUUAAUGGGAAUUAGGCGACGUUAUUUCACUCUUGUUGGAACUGAGUGGUUGAGGUGUGAGGUAGGGGUUCCGCGGGCAAUCAAACCUACGAGGAGAAAGAGGUCUGUAAUCUUCUGUUUUCUUACAACAGAUUGUUCGGGUACUGAACCUCGGAACAACAUUCCUCACGUCAACGAUUAAUUAGAAUCAGGCACAAAUGACGGACGUCAGAGAUGACAUGGAUGGGGUGGAGCUAGGAGGAGAAGAAAAAGAAAAAACCAAAAGCACUCCAGGAGCAAUGAGAGAUGAAGUGUUGAUUCUUCUCGGAGAGGCACUUACGCAUGUCGGUAGAGCUGCAUCCUCGAAGGUGUCGUUAUAUGACAUGACAAAAAUUUUACCUUUCAUUGAUGUUGUUUAAAAUAUGGCUUUUGCUCCCUUAGUUUAUGGGCGGGCUGAUAUUAACUAAUGGAAAGGCCAUUUCGAUCAUUUGAAAAUAAAAACCGGACAAUGGCUAUGGCAGCUUCAAGAAUAAUUAGAUUGACACAGGAGAUAAGAAUCGAGCACUCGGAGACUGUAACACCCCGG